AUGCAGGGGUAUGCCAACAAGUACGAUCUUCCGCGGCCGUACGCGAUGAAGCCCAAGCGCCACGGGGCCGACAAGAUCGCCCGCAACUACUUCACCACGCCGCAGCGCAAACUGCUCGGGUACCUCCUUCUGUUCGGUCUUUUCUCACUCGUUAUACUGCAAUGUCUGCCCGAAAAGGAGCGGGACAAAACGUACGAGCUGGACGUGCCGGACCUGAAACUGGUCAAGGACCCCACCGUGGUGAAGAAGGGCAGCUCGAAACGGCCGUUGGACGACGAUUACAGCGCCGACUACGAGUCCGUGCUCAGCGAGCUCGAGUCGGCCAAAGCCAGCACGGGCAAGUCAUCCAAACAGAAAUCAAUCAAAGACACAGACGAACUGGAGGAAGUGGACGAAAUCACAGAAGAAGAUCUCAUCGACGGCAAUGUUGUUGUGUAA